GUGAAAUGUUUUGAGUUUUUAAAGUAUUUUAAAAGUUCUAUGAAAUUAGUCAGUAAUUUAAAAUCAAGUUAUUUAUUAUUAAUUAGUUAACAUGUAUUAUACAUUUCAACACAAGGAUUUUAUGUAAAUUAUGAUUUUUUCUGAUAAAUAUCAAACGAUCAUCUGUAGAACAACUUUGGUGUAGGCCAACUAGUUUACUGUUUGAAUUGGUGGGGAAAAUUUGUAUCUAAUGACGUCAUCAACAGCCAACAACAUGACUACAUUUAAAAAGAUGACCACGGCAAUGUUUGCACGUGUGACUUUCUACCCGUCGUUAGCUCUUAAUGUUUUUCUAGAGAGAGCUGGAAUGAGAAAAUGGUACAAUCGAAUAGAUGACAACAUGAUAUUGGGCGCUCUGCCGUUUAAAUUCAUGGCUCCGGAUCUGAUCAAAGCAGAAAAUGUCAAAGCCGUAGUAUCAAUGAACGAAGAUUACGAGUUAUGGAUGUUAUCAAAUAAUGCGGAAGAAUGGUCAAAAAUAGGAGUGAAAUUUCUUCAAUUACCGACAAUUGACAUUUUUCAUUCACCAAGUCAAACAAAACUUAAGAGUGGAGUAGAGUUCAUCAAUUCUUUCCUUCCAAAUGAAACAAAGAUUAAAAAUAUUUCACCACAUCAUGAACUUAAUGACACAAAUGAAACUGGAACAGUUUAUGUACAUUGUAAAGCUGGAAGGACAAGAAGUGCAACAUUAGUCGGGUGCUAUUUAAUGAUGAAGAAUGGAUGGAGUCCCGAACAAGCAGUGGAUCAUAUGCGUAACUGUAGACCUCACAUACUCAUUCGAAGCGCUCAAUGGAAAGCACUACGAGAGUUUUAUCAAGAUAACAUUGAGAAAAAGAAUAAAGAAACUUGAAUGAAUAUCUUCAGGUCAUCACUAGGUUCAAAAGACAAUACCUCAAAGAUUUUAAAAUAACUCAACAAUUCUCGAUGAACAUAAAUAAAUCGAACUUGAAAGCGUUUAUUUUCUUGUCUGAAUUAAUUCUUAUUGACAUUCUUUCUAAUUCCAGUUGACUCGAUGGUUUUUUAUUAGAUAUUUACACAUGUAGCAAUACUUGGGAUUUUCAUCUGACUUAAGUAUUUGAUUCGAAUUUAAUUGCUUUUCAAUCCCCAGAUUUUGCGUACAGUUUUUCCAAGUCCUUGGUCGUUAUAUGCCAUCAUGAAGAGACCGGCGAGUGUUGCGGCAGAGAAUAAGAUUAAAAGACCAUGUGCAGCUUUCGGUAAAAUAUUACCGAAAACGGAUUCUCGUACAUAAUCUGUUACAAUCGCUUCCAAGCCCCAAUGAGAAUGCAUGACGAUAGAAAUUGCAAGGAGAUAAUCAGCGCCUUGAGAUGGGAAAACAAGAGCAACUGGCACAAUGCCUAGCAUUCCAAGUGAAAGUAAACGUUCGGCUUGCCAAAGAGUUACAUGAUUUCCAGUAGCAGAUUGGCGAGUCGGUGACACUGAGAUCGGUCGAACAUU